AUGGGCAAAAGAAAACGGGAAGGUGCUGAGGAGCCGGCUCCUGCGACCAGAUUCAAGAAACAGCCAACCGCUGUCAACCAAACCACACCCACAGACCCCAGUCAAGCUCCAACAACGAUCCAAAUCAUUACCGGCUCCUACGACCGUGUUCUCCAUGGCAUUACGGCGACGAUACCUCGGGAGAUACCCUCAUCCACCUCUGAAGACGCUCAUCACGUGUCUUUCGCCGACACAUUCCUCUUCGCUGCCCAUGCCUCCGCCAUCCGCUGCCUCGCGCUCUCCCCACCCUCCGAUUCGACCGAACCCGACUCCCAGAAGAUUAUCCUCGCAUCAGGCAGCACAGACGAGCGUAUCCAGCUCUACCACCUGUCCACGAGACCUCCGCCCGCGGACGCUAACCCGCUGACCGCGAACCUCUCCGGCACGACCAUCACCGAGAACCCCAAAAACCGAGAACUCGGAUCCCUGAACCACCACUCCGCGACCAUUAGCGCCCUGCAUUUCCCCAGCCGCUCAAAGCUCCUCUCAGCGGCAGAAGACAACACAAUCGCCGUCACCCGGACGCGCGACUGGACGGCCCUUUUCACCAUCAAGGCGCCCAUACCGAAGCCUGCGGGACGGCCGAGCGGGGACACAGCGGCGCCGGGUGAGGUGCCGGCUGGCAUCAAUGACUUCGCGGUGCACCCGAGCAUGAAGCUUAUGGUGAGCGUGGGGAAGGGCGAGCGAUGUAUGCGGCUGUGGAACCUGGUGACGGGGAAGAAAGCUGGUGUCCUUAACUUUGACAGAGGGCUGCUGCAGCAGGUUGGCGAAGGCAAACACAGCAGUGGAGAAGGGCGGAAGGUUGGGUGGGACGCGGAAGGCGAGGAGUUCUUCGUAGCGUACGAGAGGGGAGCGGUGCUGUACGGCAUGGACUCGAAACCUCGAGCGCGGAUACUUCCUUCACCUCCUACGAAAAUACACCAAUGUCGUUAUUUACCAGGCUCAGCCGCAAGCGACAACACAUUGGCCAUGUCGACCGAGGACGGCCGAAUUGUGUUCUUCUCCACAAAACUACCUUCCUCUGCGUCGGAACCAUCGAGCACCUCACUAAAAGCCACCGCCAUACCCCAAUGCAUACAAAUCGCACAACUCGGCGGGCGCGCUGCCAGCGUGUCAGGUCGGAUCAAAGACUUCGAGAUCCUCCAACUUCCAGCAACUCCGACGGCAACUCUCGGCGAUGUCCUGAUAGCAACAGGCAGCAGCGAUGGAGCGGUGCGCGUAUGGUCAUUGGCGCUCAGUGAUCUGCAGCGUGUGGACGAAGACGAGCCGACGGCGAAAGACGCGCCCAAAGCGAACGGUGCCGCAGCAGAGAAUGGUUCCGCUGCCGCGACGGCAACCAAGCAAGUUGGCCGCCUACUUGGGACGUACAACACCGGGAACCGUAUAACGUGCUUGACGGCGUUCGUUAUGACUGGGACAGCCGAGGAGGCAGAUGGCGCGCUGGAAGAUCCAGAUAAGGAAGAGGGCGCAUCAAGUAGCAGUGAUGAUAGUGAAUAG